CCAUUAGAUAAUCGCUUUUAACUCCGGCAAAGCGCACUCUCCGUUCCGGCCACCUGUCCUUAAGCCUUAGCUCAGAUAAUAAAGAUGAUGUAGAAGAAUUAAUAUGGAUGGGGAAAAAACUACAGAUUACUUCCUGCGAACCGAACGCGCUGUACCUACUUACUGUGUAUGGAUCUGUGUUUGCAGAGACGAGUGCCUGCUUUUAUAACGGGCACACAAAAAACAAGACGGGAUUUCUCAAAGCAGCCUUCGGCGCGUGCUCACCCUACGGACAGUCUGGACUCAGCCAGAUUGUGACAGCUACGCUAUUGAGUUGAUAUGCCCAGAUCCCAUUUGGUUUAAAUGACGCUGAAUACUUGUCAGACUGACAGAGAAUAACAUAUUUGUCACUGACUUGGUCACUUCAAGGUCCACGGUCCUGUUACUGUUCCCGAUCACCCCACCAUCGCCCCAAUGCCACGAUGCCGCUCAUCAGCAAUGCCCAAGACUUCAGCAACUUCUCCGUCAGCAGCGACAACAGCAGCCUGGACGGCAUCUUCACAGAGAUCCCAGAGACCGAGACCAUCAAGGGCGUGUAUUAUAAGCGUGUCCAUCGCCUCCACAUUGAUGAAGACAGGGUCUGGCCCACUGUUGACCAUACUCUACAGGCUGUGAUCAAUGUGGGAGGCAGCCUCUACUCGUUUCCCUGGAGCACCUUGGAGCAGUUCCCCCUGACGAGGCUGGGACGUCUGCGACUCUGCUCCAGUCUCGAUGACAUCAGCCAACUCUGUGACGACUAUGAUGAGACCCGACGGGAGUUCUUCUUUGACCGGAACCCGGCGGCGUUCCGAGUCAUCCUGAACUUCCUGGCAGCCGGGAAGCUCCGUCUCCUCCGGGAACUGUGUGCCGUGUCUCUGCAUGACGAGCUAAGCUACUGGGGGGUCGACCACGCCCACAUGGAGCGCUGCUGCCGCCGACGCAUGUUGACACGCGUGGAGGAGGUGGCGGAGCGUGAGCGUAAGGAGGAGGAGUGGAGGCAGAAGAGGCUGGGGAUGCAAAGGCUCCCACUUGUGGCAGAGUCAGGCUACCGCGGGCUGAUGAGCAGGCUGAGAGAGGUGGUGGAGAACCCCCACUCCGGUUGGGCGGGGAAGACGUUCGCCUGCCUGUCAAUGACCAUGGUGGCUGUGACCGUCGUCAGCCUCUGCAUCAGCACAAUGCCUGACCUACGCGAGGAGGAGAACCAGGGGGAGUGUUCCCAGAAGUGUCAGCAUAUGUUUAUUGUGGAGUCGGUGUGUGUAGCCUGGUUCUCCAUGGAGUUCAUUCUGCGGUUCCUCCACGCUCGCUCCAAACUGGAAUUUGCCCGCGGGCCCCUGAACAUCAUUGAUGCCGUGGCCAUCCUCCCCUACUACAUGUCGCUGGUCAUGGUGGAGAAGAACUUGGCAAACGAGGAUUACAACCCUGGGGCAGGGAGGGGCUAUCUGGACAAGCUGGGGCUGGUCCUGCGUCUCAUGCGCGCCCUACGCAUCCUCUACGUCAUGCGCCUGGCGCGUCACUCCAUGGGCCUCCAGACGCUAGGCCUGACCAUGAAGCGCAGCGUCCGCGAGUUCGGCCUCCUCGUUCUCUUUGUCGCCGUCGGCAUUGCCCUCUACUCUCCCAUGGUGCACCUGGCCGAGAGCGAGCUGGCGCCCAACGCCGCCACCACGCCCCGUCACAGCUUCAGCAGCAUCCCCGCCUCCUAUUGGUGGGCCAUCAUCUCCAUGACGACCGUGGGCUACGGGGACAUGGUGCCGCGCAGCAUUCCGGGUCAGGUGGUGGCGCUGAGCAGCAUCCUGAGCGGGAUCCUCAUCAUGUCUUUCCCGGCCACCUCCAUCUUCCACAUGUUCUCCAGGAGCUACCAGGAGCUGAAGGUGGAGCACGAGAGGCUGUGGAAGGAGGAGACGGGGGCCGCCCUGGCCGCUGACAUCCUGGAGAGCAGGAGGGAGAGGGAGGCCGAGGGACUGGGCUUCUGGUCGUUACGCCGGGGAUCUGGGGAGUCUCCGGGAGGGGAUGAGUUAGGGAUGACAGUAGGGAUGACAGCGGGUCAGCACUAUGAUCUGAGGAAGGACACUAGACCUGACCCUUGACCCCUAAGCCCUAACUCAUCUGUAUUUUUGAUUGGAAAAAAUGUGAAGUUGAGGAGAGUGUAAGGCAAGGCUGCAUCCUAAAGUGCACACUGUCACCUUCAGUGCAUUACUUUGACCAGGACCCGUGGGAUCAAACGUUGUACACUAUAGUAUGUAGGGAAUAUGGGCCACUGGUCAAAAGUAGUGCACUAUAUACAGAAAACAGGGCACCACUUGGGACAUUGAUUUAAAUUAAUUCUGAGCAAUUCAUUACCUGGUAUGGUGGACCUGUUUUGAGCUCCUAACUGGCGUUCUGUACUCUAGGACAGGGUGGGUUUCAAUUACAGGACCACAAGAAUAACAGAGACAUUCAUAUUAACACGGGGCACCACCCAAACGAUUUGUGGAACCAGGCCUUAUUCAAGGAUUCACUGUGUUUUCUCUGGUUUUCGGUAUUGCGUUAUGCCAUGAAGUGUUUAAAAUAAAUGUGUUUUUGAUCCCUU